UGGUGGGGGGUGGGAGGGGACAGACAGACAGACAGCUUACUCCAUGCUGCCAGGUGGGACCCAGGCCAAGCCAAUGGGCACACUUCCCCACACCCCCAGGACCGUUCCCACUUCAGCAGUCAGCUGGAAGGGUUCCCAGGGGGUAGGCCACCUGGCCCUGACCACCUCUAGGUUGGGAUGCCUGUGCCUUUAAAUUCUCAGCAGGUUGAAGCGGCUGAUGACAUCACUGGUUCCCGGGAGCAGAGGAGCUGGAGCCGGAGCCUGUGGGAGCCCGGGCUGCCAGGGGCUGCAGACAUGGAGGGCCACAGCAGCAGUGGCAGCAGGAGGCCAGGGACCCUGGCUGGCCUGGGCCCCCUGCCCAUGCCCCACGGGGCUUUCCAAACUGGAGCACCCUCCAAGGUGGACUCGAGUUUUCAGCUCCCGGCCAAGGAGAGCGCAGCGCCAGUGCCCCUGGAACCGAGGCUGGCUCUGGCACCUCUGGGGCCACGUGCUGCUGUGCCACCUUCCUCCGAGGGGCCAAGGCUGGCUCUGGCGUCUCCUCGACCCCUCCUGGCUCCGCCGUCUAGCCCUGCAGGGCAGAACGCAGCUCUCACCUGCCACAGCUCCAGCCCGGCCGCGGCAUGCGUGGGCCAGCGGGUGGUGUCUGCCGCUGCUGCGCCGAAGCCUCUUCCAGCACCACCAGGCUCCAUCCUGGCUCCGGCAUCCCCGGGGCGGCUGGUGAUGUCUGUCCCAGACGCGCCACGGCUGCCCCCAGCCACCCUGGGGCCCAGGCUGGCUCCGAUGUCUAGGGACCAGAAGCAGACAGUACCUGCCUCCUUGAAACCCAAGCCAGCUCUGGCCACUUCCGGCCUGAGCCUGGCCCUGGCGCCUGAGGAGCAGCACCCGCAGCCUCCCUCCAGCUCUGCCCCAAUGCCCAGUCCAAUUCUGUCGCCCUCUCAGGAACAGACCCUGGCUCCAGCAUCCAUGACAUCAGCCCCGGCCUCUGUGGGACCGACACCAGCUAAACAGAGGGAUGCCCCCGCCCCUAGGUCUCUCCCCCCUUCUGAAGGGCAUCGCCAGCCUCCAGCCCAGGCAUCCAGUCCUGUGGUCUCCCCAUCUUUGAUCCAAUCUCCCCCAGACCCCCGGCUCUCCCCCUCCUUCAGAGCCAGGCCCGAGGCCCCCCGCAGCAGCCCUGAGGAUCCUGUCCUGCCCCGGCCAACCCAGAUGCUGCCCCUGGAUGUGAGCCAGGGCCCUGCAGAGGCUGGCACCCGCUCCCCAGGACUGCUGUCCCCCACCUUCCGGCCAGGGGCCUCCUCAGCUCAGACUGUGCCCCCGCCUCUGCCCAAGCCACCCCGGUCUCCCAGCCGCUCCCCUAGCCGCUCUCCCAACCGCUCCCCCUGUGUGCCCCCAGCCCCUGAGCUGGCCCUCCCCAGGCCUGGCACCCAGGGUGCAGGGCCUGGUGGGCACCUGAGCCCCAGCUUUCAGCCCCGAGAAAUGCCAGCCCCAGUCACCACCUCGUCUUCUACACCCACCUCAUCGUCCUCCUCCUCUUGGUCAGCUCAGCCCACCUGCAAGAACGACCCCGGCUUCUGGAUCACUGUGGUCACGUGGAAUGUGGGCACCGCCAUGCCCCCUGACGACGUCACAUCUCUCCUCCACCUGGGCGGUGGCAGCGAUGACAGCGACAGGACAGACAUGAUCGCCAUAGGGUUGCAGGAAGUGAACUCCAUGAUCAACAAGAGGCUCAAGGACGCGCUCUUCACGGAUCAGUGGAGCGAGCUUUUCAUGGAUGCGCUCGCGCCUUUCAACUUCGUGCUGGUAAGGCCUCCCGCGCCCUCCGGAUGGGCAGAGACCCCUGGAGGCCGGGCCCGAUGGGUCUGUGGAAAGGGAGGAUGGAGGAGCAGACCUGAAGGACGGCGGACCCCGCCCGUGACCUGCCCGACGUUGCCUCCCAAGGGCAACAAGGGUGGCGUGAGCGUGCGCCUGGCGGCCUUCGGGCACAUGCUCUGUUUCCUGAACUGCCACCUGCCCGCGCACAUGGACAAGGCGGAGCAGCGCAAGGACAACUUCCAGACCAUCCUGAGCCUCCAGCAGUUCCAGGGGCCCGGGGCGCAAGGCAUCCUGGACCACGACCUUGUGUUCUGGUUUGGGGACCUAAACUUCCGCAUCGAGAGCUACGACCUGCACUUUGUCAAGUUCGCCAUUGACAACAACCAGCUCCACCAGCUCUGGGAGAAGGACCAGCUCAACAUGGCCAAGGACACCUGGCCCAUCCUCAAGGGCUUCCAGGAGGGGCCCCUCAACUUUGCACCCACCUUCAAGUUUGACGUGGGUACUAACAAAUACGAUACCAGUGCCAAAAAGCGGAAGCCAGCCUGGACAGACCGUAUCCUGUGGAAGGUCAAGGUUCCAGGUGGAGGUCGAAGCCCCUCCGGACAGCAGAGCCACUGGCUCCAGGUGACUCAGCACAGCUACCGAAGCCACAUGGAAUACACUGUCAGUGACCACAAGCCUGUGGCUGCCCAGUUCGUCCUGCACUUUGCCUUCAGGGACGACAUGCCCCUGGUGCGGCUGGAGGUGGCAGAAGAGUGGGUGCGGCCGGAGCAGGCUGUGGUGAGGUACCGCGUGGAAACCGUGUUCGCCCGUAGCUCCUGGGACUGGAUCGGCUUGUACCGGGUGAGCAGGGCGAGGUGGUCAGUGACUUGGGGAAGGAAGGGCCUGGAGGAGAGCAACUGGCCUGACCUCCUCGGGUCUAAUGAGGAGAAGUUGGGGGUUGGGGAGAAGAAGUCGGUGGCUGGUUGGGGGUUGGGGCACUCCAGCGACCCACCUCCCCGCCAGAUCUCGCUGCCUACCUCGGAGUCGGCCAGUAGCAGCACACACAGCUCAGGGACCAGCUCGGAGGAGGAGGAUGACAGCACCCUGGAGCUGCUCGCACCCAAGUCCCGAAGCCCCAGCCCUGGCAAGUCCAAGCGGCACCGGAGCCGCAGCCCGGGCUUGGCCCGCUUCCCAGGCCUGGCCCUCCGGCCCUCCUCCUGUGAACGCCGGGGCACCAGCCGCAGCCCCUCGCCCCAGAGCCGUCGCCUGCCCUGUGUGGCCCCCAACAGGGGCAGCAGUGAUGGAGGCACCCAGGGCUGUAGUGAGGAGGGGCUCUCUGGACUGCCUGGUCCCUGGACCCUCCCCCCAACUGUGCCUCGGAGCCUGGGCUUGCUGCCUGCCUUGCGCCUAGAGACUGUGGACCCUGGAGGUGGUGGCCCCUGGGAACCUGACCAGGAGGCCCCGACCCCCGACAGCCUGUCUCCCAGCCCUCAGGGCCGGCAGAAGCUGGAGGAAGGGGGCCUGGGGCCCUGAAGCUGGGGUGGGCUCCCACUCUGGCCCAAUCUGUAAACCCACCUGCCUCCCUCCUGCAGCUGCUCCAGCUUUCUCAACACCUGACACUCUGUCCCGGCCAGGGAUGGCCAACUGGGGUCCCUCAAACUCAGUCCUGACACCUCAACUGUGACAAUCAGCAAAGCCCUACCUAGGCCCCCAUCUGGGAUGGGAGCAGGGCAAUCCUAGAUCGAUUAGGAAUUAAAUUCUCUAGCCUUGC